ACUUACACAAAUUAAUUUUAUUGAAAACACUCGCUCAUCACCUAAUAAAACUUCAAGCUAUGCUUGGAAAAAGAGAGAAGAAAAGGAAUCAACCACGCAAUCUAUCCCAUCAGCUACUGAAAUAGCCAAGUCUCUUUCAACCAAAUUUAAUAAGAGAAAAGUGAAGAAUCAAUCAACAACUUUAUCCCAUUCCCAGAAAACUCCAAAACUAUCUUCUUUAGCAUUACCUCAAAUAAAUAUAGAUAAUUAUCCUCAAGAAAAAUCUUGGUUAACAACAUCUAAUUUAAAUAUCAAUUAUAAUUCACAGGAUGAUACUCAACUUGAUAUAUCUAAUGAUAGGAAUGAAAUU